UGGAUGAAAUUGAUUUACUUCCAGUACUUAAAAAAAAAAAAAAGGAAUUGAAUUCUUGUCCAGAUCAAUGUCUUAUAUUAUUUUAAACAAUGCAGUUCUAAAUUAGAAAAUUUAUUUAAAGUUGUGCCCACUUCCUUUUUAGUGUUAAUUCUGAAUGAAAUGCCUACAUCAAUGUAGGCCUUCAAGCAUGGACUGUAGAGGAGAAAUGUUUGUAUUUUUAAAGAACUGACUAGAUACCCUAAUUUUUACCUCUAAUUUAUAGAACUGGAUGCUAUUAAUGUUUCAGAAGUAAAUUUGACUACCAGUGGAUUAGUAUGUGGGAUUUGAAGGAAACAAUUUUUUCAGUUAAUUAUUAUUAGUAUUAUUUUAUUUUUAAAAUGGGCCAAAAGGGAGGAGUAGAUUUUUUCCCCUUUUGAGUAAGCAAAACUUUCAUAGAGGAGAGAAGAAAAAGAUGAAUCAAGACCACAUUGGUUAAGCUUAUAAAAAAAAAAAAGACUACAUUGGUUAAUUCGUCAGUACAAUAUCUUUUUUUGUUUAGGACCCCAACGGUCCACUUAUCAUUGCCUUUUUAGAAAGUUUUCUUUGCUGUAGUAGUAGUAGUACACUCUCUGCGUCUUGAUUCAUAGGGACUCAACUGCAUGGUAACCAAACAGAAGAAAGAAAAUGAGUGAAAAUGAGCUUAAUAUAUCACCCUUCUCAUCCGAGAAAGAGAGAAAACUUGUUUGUCAGAUGAAGUCAAUUACUUCUUCAGAUGAAUCAAGUUAUUAUGAAGUCGGAGGCAUUUCUUCUUCUUCUUCUAUUGGGUCUCCAAUUAGAUCCAUAUUUUGUCUCAAAGAAAAGGCGGACAUGAAGCGCAUAGAAGAAAUAGAGGACUGUUUCAUCUUGGAGUUCGACCCUUACGAGCCCCUCGACGUCUUCAACCUCUCCACGAACAAUAAUCUUAUUGAUGGUCAUCCUGAUGGUGCUAAUGAUCUCUUUGUUAUUGCUGAAAAAGGCCAGGUGGCUCUUAGAGAUUAUCCACAUUCAAGGCAUGCAUGUCUCAACUUCCCCUUUCAUACAACACCUCAUGAGAACUACUGCAAGAUGUGUUAUUGUUACGUUUGCGAUUCAGCUGCACCAUGCAAGUACUGGACAGAGCCUGAACCAGCACAUUGCCAUGCUUCAGAGCACGUAGAAUAUUGGGAGUUCCAAAAGAAUUUGAGAAGAGGCAACCCACCUUUAAUGGCAUAUGGCAGAGAUUAAGUAAAUUAUUUUGCUAUGAGGCUGUCAAAUUCUAGCUUUAGAGUUUAAUGUUUGGGUCACAUAUAGCUUUCUGUUUUUUAGAGGUCUUUUCAUUUUGAAGAGGAAUAUGUGUCAUCAUUGACAUAUGUAGAUAUCCUAGUAUUUGUAAAGAAUGGAGAGAGAGUUGGGAUCAAAUGAAAUUCGUCCAUUUUAGUUAUAAGUGGAGUGCAUUUUGUUUUGUAGUCUGAUACAGAAGGUGAUGUAACAGCAUGAAAUUAGUGCAUUAAGUAAUUUGAAAUUUAAAAGCUA